AUGUAUUCCAAGCUUCUCCUGCCCCUCGGGUUCCUCGCAGCCGCUACCCUUAGCUCCGCUGCUUCCACCGUCUACCUCAUCCGGCAUGGCGAGAAGCCCUCCGAUGGCGGGAAAGGACUGAGCGCCCUGGGCGAGGAGCGCGCACAAUGUCUUCGGACCGUGUUUGGCGCCGCCUCGGACUACAACAUCGGGUACAUCAUGGCCGAGACCCCCAAGAAGAGUGGCAAGCGCGCGCGUCCUUAUGACACUGUGCUCCCGCUUGCGGACGAUCUCGGUCUCACAAUCGAUACCUCGUGCGAUCGCGACGACGCCGACUGCGUGAAGGAUGUCGUGGACUCGUACAGCGGAUCCGGCAACAUCUUGAUCUGCUGGGAGCACAGUGAGUUGACGGAUAUUGUCGAGGCCCUGGGCGAUAGCAAUGCCCCUACCUAUCCUGAUGACAGUAGAUUUGAUAUCAUCUGGACCGAUCCCUCGCCGUACACUUCUAUUGUCUCUGAGACAAGCGAGAACUGCUCUGGGCUGGAUAACUAG